CCCUCCCUCCCACUCAUCCCACCCAGCCCCUGCAUCUGACUUGCAAAGCCAUCGUCCAUCGAGACCAGAGCGCCAGCCCACGACUAGUGCGCAGCGCGCGCGCAACAACAGAGCAAGCCAGCCGCCCCAGCUCGCGCUCUCUCCCCCGGCCGGCCACGAUGGCGCCCUCCUCCUCGACCUCCACCACGGCGUCGGCGGCGGCGGACGAGCGGGACCGCAAGCGCAAGCGGGGCGCCGUUGGCGAGGCGGGGACGGAGGCGGAGGCGGAGAGGACGCCCAAGUGGCGGACGCGGCGGGAGCACGAGAUCUACUCCACCAGGCUGCUCGACGCGCUCCGCCUCGUGCGCGCCGGGGGCGGCGUCGCCCACUCCCCGUCCCCGGCACGCCAGGUGCGCGAAGCGGCCGACCGCGCGCUCGCCGUCGCCGCCCGCGGCCGCUCCCGCUGGAGCCGCGCCAUCCUCGCCUCUCGCCGCGCUCACCGCGUGCACCGCGUGCGCCUCCACGCUCCGGCACCAUCCCCUGCACCUGCUCUGCCACGGCGCGCUUCGCCGGGCGCGUCCUCCUCCGGCUCGACCACCUCCUCCUCCGCGCCGGCGCUGGCGAGGAAGGCGAAGGCGCUGGGGCGGCUGGUGCCGGGGUGCCGGAAGCUGCCGUUCCCGGCGCUCCUGUCCGAGGCGUCCGACUACAUCGCCGCGCUGGAGAUGCAGGUGCGCGCCAUGGCGGCGCUCGCGCAGGCUCUCUCCGCCGUCUCCCCGCCGCCGUGAUCCGUCCACCCAUCCAUCCGGCCGCCUCAACCCCAACAUCCCCCGCGAAUUGCCCCGCGCGUCGGCGCAUGUACAUUUUCCUCCCCGUGCCGUGCCGCUCCAGUGUGUGACGAUGAAUCGACGCCACGCCACGCCACGCCGGCGAUUGUCAACCCGGCCGGCCGCGUGCAUGCUAGGAAGAAGAAGAAGAAACAGUAGCCGCUCAUUUGUAGAUUCUUGUUAGUGUUUUGGUUUGGGGGUGUGUCUGCUAAGCUAAAUCCGUAAAUGCAUGAGAGAGAUUUUCAGUACUAUAUUUCCGGAGUGUUGUGUUCUCAUCAGCAAGCACGAGAUCGCCGUUUUUUUUGACAAUGUUGGUGUCAGACUGUCAGUGCUUUGGUUUGACAAGCAAAGUGCAAUGUUAAUUAAUUUAUUUA